GCGACAUUUAACGGUCCGACUCUGGGAGCGUGUAAACAAAGUCCAAAGUGAUCGGUAAAUAAUCGCAUUUGAAAUAUCAAGGAUCCUUUUGAAGAUGUCCGCAAGUUUUUAGGCGCCCAUGGGGCCAUGGAGCCGGAGUACUUCUCCUCGGGCACGCACGCCGCCUCCAGCCUCCGCCGCAUGAGGGCGCUGUGCGAGCGGCGCCAGCUGACGGACGUCACGCUGGUGGCGGGGGGAGAGGAGGUGCCCGCCCACCGCGUGGUGCUGUCCGCCGCCUCCGACUACUUCCUGGCCAUGUUCGCGGGCGGCAUGGCGGAGGCCGCCACGGAGCGGGUGCGCCUGGAGGGCGUCGACCCCGACAUCCUGCGCGCCCUGGUCGACUUCUGCUACACAGGGAAGGUGGAGCUGGGGGAGGACAGCGUGGAGCGCUUCCUGACGGCGGCGGACGUGCUGCAGAUGCCGGAGGUGGUGGUCGCCUGCUGCCGAUUCCUCUCGGACCGACUGAGCCCGGCCAACUGCGUGGGGGUGGCCCUCUUCUCCGAGGCGCGGGGCUGUGCGGACCUGCACCGGGAGGCGCAUGCCUACCUCCUCUUGGCCCUCUUCUCCGAGGCGCGGGGCUGUGCGGACCUGCACCGGGAGGCGCACGCCUACCUCCUCGACAACUUCACGGAGGUGGUCGCGGAGCGGGAGUUCCUGGACCUGGAGGAGCGGGAGCUGGAGAAGCUCCUGCGCUCCCCCUCGAUCAACGUGGCGAGCGAGGAGGUGGCGUGGGCGGCGCUGCUCUCCUGGGCCCGCCACCGCCCGGAAAAGAGGAGGGCGGCGUUCGGGCGGCUCCUGCCGGCCAUCAAGCUGCCGCUCCUCGACACGGAGGUGCUGAGAGAGGUCCUGAAGGAGCCAAUGGUGGACGGCGAGUGCUGCCGCCUGGUGGCGGAGGCCCUCCUCUGCCGCCUGUCCCCCGGGGACCCCUCCCAGGGGGACCCCUACCCCACCCGGCCCCGGGACUCCACCGUGGGGGGCCUCUUCGUGCUGGGGGGCACCGAUGGCACAGAGAGCUCCCCGAAGAUGGAGAAGUACGAGCUGCGGGGCGACCGGUGGCUCCCCCACGACCGCAUGUCCUCCCGGCGGCUGCAGUUCGGGGCGGCGGUGGUGGGGCGGCGCCUGUAUGCCGCGGGCGGCAGGGACGGACUCAAGACCCUCAACCUGCUGGAGUGCUACGACUUCGACCAGGGGGCGUGGUCGGCCCGACGCUCCAUGUUCACCCACCGCCACGGACUGGCCGCCCUCGACUAA